CUGCAAAUUGAUUGAUCCCUAGGAAGAAACUUGCAAAUUUCCAGAAGCUAAACAGAAGCGAGUGUUGGUUCCAAGUUUUAACAACAAGGCAGGCUCAUAGGCCCACCAAACUUGACCCUAAAAAACCUCGUACGCGGCCCAGUUUUUAGCCUAGAGAAUUUUAGCGGCUACUUUACGCUUCCAGAAAGCACACCUUUGAACCUUCUUCUUCUUGUUCCUCAGAACACAGCUCAAGCUCAGGUUGAUCUUUACCUUUCUUAUUUCAUCGGUACAGUUUUAUUCAUUGAGGUGCUUUGAGAAAUGGGCGGGCUGGUGACUGAAAAUACUUCCUCUGCCUUGGCUCUGCCAGCCAUGCAGCCAAAUCAAGGGUCAGCCGUCGCAAACUCCAGCUCGGACACUAAGCCAAAGAAGAAGAUCUGCUGUGCUUGCCCUGAUACAAAGAAGCUGAGAGAUGAAUGCAUUGUGCAGCAUGGUGAAGAUGCUUGCUCAAAAUGGAUUGAGGCUCACAAGACGUGCCUCCGUGCAGAGGGCUUCAACAUUUGAGAUUGCUGGACAUGAUUAGGAUAAUAAAUUGAGCAUUAAACAUUUUUGAAAUGAAACCAUUAGUUUAUGGGGGUUUACACAUACAUGAUAUCUGAAAGUUGAAGAAUAAUGUGAGGAAGUGGAACUUUUGUUAACUGUUACUUGUAUUCUUUCUUGAUCUAUACCCUUCUGUCCGGGUAAACAUUGAUUGAUGCUUUACAUUGAAAUGAAUUUACUAUCUGCUUUUGUC